AUACAGGUUAUUCACCAGGACCAGGAGAACGAACAUUUGUUGGCUGGCAAAGCGAAGUUUGCAAAGAACGCGAGACCUCGUGCUGCUCUAGGCGACUUAGCAAACAAGCCUACAGCUUUCGCGAACAAGGUAAGGCUAACUGUGGAGGCUUAGUUUAUAAAUUUGUCUGGAAAUGUCCAUCAAGCUUGCGCUUAUAUUUCGAAUUCAACGUUCGACUUUAAAAUACGAUGAUUUUACCUGUUUUUGUAACUAAAAUUUCUUUGCUUUUAGGGCGCUGCCAUCAAACCCAGAAAACCUUUACACAGAUCAGAUGCGAGCACUGCCUUGGUUUCCAAGCAAGCGAAGGAAAAUGACGCUAAAAGCAAACAAAAAACAAUCGACGUGGACGUCCUAGGAGAAGCGUUGGAGUCGUGUGUAAUCUCUAAACCUCCAAAUGUCGAAGACAUUGAUAAAGACGACCAUGGAAACCCGCAAUUAUGUGCUGAAUACGUGCAAGACAUUUACAACUACAUGCGCAAACUUGAGGUGAGGAUGGUAGGAAUUUUGUCGCUAGCUUUAAAGUUUUCAAUAAGCUCUUUUGCAAAACGUGUUGCAAUUUGCUAAAAAAGCGAUAAUGGAUUUGCACAUACUCGUUAAAAUGAAAGAGCAGCAAAGAGUUGUUGUGAGGGUGAAAUAAGCUUGCUAUCCUUCCCUAGUCAAACAUCGUUAUUAGUUAUGCUGUGCUUCUGCUAACUGCAGAGCUUACAGCAAAUGCACUACCGCCAGUGUAUUGUAAACCUUCUAUAUUUUCGCUAUGAACUUGUAUAUUCACUUUAAUUAUUUAAUUUUUACAGAACGAAUUUCACGUCUCGCCAACCUACAUGAGCCAGAGAACAGUAAUCAAUGAGAGAAUGAGAGCUAUCCUGGUCGACUGGCUAGUGCAGGUGCAUCUACGUUUUCGGCUUUUACAGGAAACUCUCUUCACCACAAUCUCCAUCCUGGAUAGAUUUCUUUCUGUAAGUAGUGUUCAUGAAUUUUCUCAGUCUGAAGUCUUCUAGUUAAAUAUUAUUCAUGCAUUUGAUUAUAUAUAUGGAGAGACUUGCAUGUUAGAAAUUUUUAAAUUAUUAUAAUUAUACUUAAAAUAACUAUUAUACUAUAAUUAUUUUAUCUAUUAAUUUCAAGUUGUUUUCUUGCAUGCAGGUUUAUGACUGCAGUAAGGCAGAUCUUCAGCUUGUUGGUGUCAGUGCCAUGCUUUUAGCCUCCAAAUACGAGGAGAUGUAUGCACCAGAAAUUGGUGACUUUGUCUACAUCACAGACAAUACAUACAGCAAAGCUGAAAUCAGAAAGAUGGAAGCUAAAAUUUUCAAGACUCUUAACUUCAGUGUAGGAAAACCUCUUUGCCUUCAUUUUUUGAGGCGAAAUUCUAAAGCUGGAGAGGUAUAGUGUUAAAAAUUACUUUGCAGGGUAUUGAAACUAUGAUGAGCACUGGACAAUAAAUAUCAUUUAUUAAAUAUCAUAAAUAUCAUCAUUAAGUGACAGUGUUCCCAUGGUCCACCAGGGAAAUGCAAUCUAUUUGAAAUAGCAGGCUAAAAGAAUGGGGGAUUAAGCUUACAGAGGGUCAGGAAAGGCUCUAUUUUCCUUGGAAAGUCAGGGAAUUAUUUUCAUUGUCAGGCAACCACAGAUUUUGUGAAACUUGACUCUGUAAAUUAUAUCAUUAUAUGGAAAAAUUGAAUUAAUUAGUCGUAGGAAGUCACAAUAGCUUAUAAAAUGGAUGAGUACAGGACAAUAAAUAUUUUUAAAUAUCAUGAAUAGAUAUCAUUAAGUGUCAAACACUGUUCCUCUGGUCCACUAGGUAAAUGCAAUCUAUUUGAAAUAGUGGGCUGAAAGAAUGGGGGAUUAAGUUUGCAGAAGGUCAGGAAAGGUUCUAUUUCCCUUGGAAAGUCAGAAAAUUAUUUUUAUUGUCAGGCAACCACAGAUUUUGUGAAACUUGACUCUAUAAAUAUCAUAAUAUGGAAAAUUAUUGAGUUAAUUAGUUGUAGGAAGUCACGAUAGCUUAUAAAAUGGCUGAAAGUUUUGCCUGUAUAUCCUUUUUAGGUUAAUGCAGCAAAGCACACCUUGGCAAAAUAUUUCAUGGAACUAACCCUCAUUGAUUAUUCAUGCGUUAAGUUCCUGCCAUCUGAGAUUGCUGCAGCAUCACUGUAUCUCGCAAUGAAAGUGGAUGGUGAUUUCGAGUGGACUCCAACCUUGGAAUACUACAGUUCAUACUCCAAAAGUAAACUUCUACCUUGUGCCAGACAAAUUUCUCUUCUUAUCACAAAGACUCUGGAUGGAACUGCCAAACAAGUGGUUAGUGACUUUUUGCAUGUACAGAAGACCAUGAAUGACUGUUGUUAUUAA